AGACUUUGACAUAUAUGUACAGAAGACGUACAAAAUAAUUGGUAAUUUGGUGACUAUAUUCGAACACCGAACUCGGGAAAAUCGACGUUUGGGUAAAGAAUACGUCAGGACCGUUGAAUUCAAUGUAUGGGUUUCUGAAGUUAUCGCAAACAAUAUUUUGAAAUCAUUAUGCAAAAAAAACACACUAGAAACUAACGAAAUAACCAAAAGUUUACUAGAUGAGUAUAAAACAUUUAGUUCGAGUAAUAACGAAACUAUAAUGCACGAUUUUCAAAUUGGCAUUGCAAGCGGUAUAGCUGAGAUUUUGACUGGCGUGAACGAUGGAAUAAUAUUUCCAAAAAUCAAAAACGCCAAAAAAAAAGAAAACCAGCAAAACAAUUUCGCCGAAGUUGUUAAAAAACCCCACUUAAAUUUUUGUCAUAAAAAUUAUGUUAUUGAAAAAAGAUGGGAAAAAGUUUCAAAGCAUAUGGCGUCCGUAAAUCUGAGAGCAGAGAAAGAACGGAAUCUAGAACAACAAAUUCGACGGGUCGAGAAUAAACACCGGCCUACAAUCCCACCGCCGCCAUCAAAUACCGUGAAAAAUAUUUUAAGUCACAAACCAAAUCUUAUGGACAAAAAUAAUACGGAAAAAAGAAAACCGAUCGUGAAUACGGUUCCGGUUAAAAAACAGUUGACAGGCGCGAAAUCGACGGCUGGUGGGAGUUUAUUGAAUGAAACUUCAGAAAAAUCGAGUCUACCCAGAAAACGCUCCGUAAUUAAGAAAAGCAGAUCACCGAAUCGGAAAGAAAACAUAAAAAAACCUGCGGAUAAUUUACAGACUAGGAAUAUACCGCAUGGUAAUGAGUUAUCCGAUAAGUUGAAAAAUCCUUUGUUAGUUGAGAAAAGCGAAAAAUUGCCCAAAACGAAUAAUAAAGUGGCCAGCAAACAACUAACGAAACACACAUCUGACACCUUGCCUGUAAAAAUCAUUAACGAUCAUUCAGAUGGAAGGCCCACAGCGGCGAAUGUACGGCAAAAAACAGAGCCCGUAGACCGGAAGCAAAAAGUAAAAAUGAACACGACGAGCGAUCCGAAGACGGCAAAUACUAAAGUGAAUGUCAAAAAACCUGCGGAUAAUUUACAGAUUAGGAAUAUAACGAAUGGUAAUGAGUUACCCGAUAAAUUGAAAAAUCCCUUGUUAGUUGUGAAAAGCGAAAAAUUGCCAAAAACGAAUAAUAAAGUGGCCAACAAAAAACUAACGAAACACUCACCUGACACCUUGCCUGUAAAAAUCAUUAACGAUCAUUCAGAUGAAAAGCCCACAGCGGCGAAUGUACGGCAAGAAACAGAGCCCGUAGACCGGAAGCAAAAAGUAAAAAUGAACAUGACGAGCGAUCCGAAGACGGAAAAUACUAAAGUGAACGUCAAAAAAUCGGAUGGUCAGAAGUCCGUGUCACCGAAACCGCCUGUAAAGUCAGUUGUGAUGAGUGACGUCGUGCAGAUCGAUGAAGUGUGUAAAAGUGAUGAGACUUUGAUUACGGUAAAUGGAAGCGACUGUAUUGUCGGUAUCAGUGGUAAAGAGACACUACCGGCAAAACCAGAAGUAGAGAAACAACAGAAAAACGAUACGUUCGACGGAAAGAUACCAUUAGAAACAGCGAAAGACGAGAUAACCGCCACAGAGAUAAUUACAGCAACACCAGACGAUGAGGUGGCCACCGAAGAGAUACUGUUAGCUACACUGGAAGACGAAAUAGCCAACGGAGGGACACCAACGUCCAUGCAGAAAAACCAUACGUCGGAUGAAGAGAUACCAAUAUCAAUAGCGAAAGACGAUAAAACCUCCGAGGAGACGAUGCCAGCAACAACAAACAAUGAGGCGGCCACCGAAGAGAUACUGUUAGCGACACUGGAAGACGAGACGGCCAACGGAGGGACACCAACGUCCAUGCAGAAAAACCAUACAUCGAAUGUACAGACACUAACAACAACACCGAAGAAUAAAACGGCUGACGGAAGUACAACUAGCGGUGGUAAAGCGUUCAAUGAGAACAUUUUGACGGAAACUGCGACUAAAAUGACCAUCGGACAGCCGAAGUUGGCGUAUGUCAAAAAUGAACGCCUGACAGGCACAGAUGGUGCUCUAAAGGAACAAGGCGUGAACGACGAGAAAAAUGCCGGAAAGAAUGUUUGGUCCAACCACUGCGGUCCGGUGUCGAAAUUUCCGGAUGUCCGCAAAGUUAAAACUUUAAACGAUCGGACGAAUUACGUAUGCCUAGAAAAAAGCCAAAGCAAUUAUGCAGGAAAAAACGUAUGUACCUAA